GCAAAAGCGGACAAAUUAUCGCACCCGAUCUAGAUUUAAUACGAAUAAAAAAUGGGUUAACCGGCGGAUAAUAUGGAUAUUCAUAUUAUCCAUAACUUCUUUAAUAUGAUCAUUUUUUGCAGAAUUUUAGUCGCUCAAACUUAGAGUAAUCCCCUAAUUUUCUCAAAAAGGCUGAACUAAACGCAGUUGCUUGAGAGUUAGACGCAAUCCCUUUUCAGUUUGGAGAACAGUAGAAGAAUGGCUUUUCAGCUAGAGUAAAGAUGCUCAACUUUGGCAUAUUUAAGGGAUUAAAGAUGCUGAAGGUGGGAUAAAAAUAGUCGAAUAAUAUUGGCUAAAAACUCAAGAAGAAGAAGAAGAAGAUGGCGCUUUUUAACAAGAUCAAGAAAGAGGAGCUCAAGGCCGGUGAUCACAUUUACACAUGGCGACUCGGCUAUCUCUACUUACAUCAUGG